AUGGUAGAAAACCCAGAGUUGGUCCAUCGAGCGAUAACGACUGCGUAUAACAAGGCAGAAGAGGCGCAUAAUGAAGAAUGCCAAAUCAGCCCUGCGUAUAGAUAUUGGUCACGAGCAGAAGAGAGCCUCCAAGAGCAGGUGAAGAAGAACGAUCACUUAAAGUCUGUGCAGGCCAAGAUACUCGAUCAUAUGCAGAACGUGCAAGCAGAGAAGAUUGCUGACUUGGAAGAAACAUUGGCUACCAAAAUUAGCCCGCUGCGGCGAGCAGUCGAUCUUCAAGCAUACGAGUAUAACGUGAUGAGUAAGCGACUUGUGAAGCAGGGAGAGAUUAUUGAGACGCCAAAGUCGCCAGGCGCGACCGCAAACUCGGACGAUACAGAUGGAGUUGAAAAGGGAUUCCGGCGAUGA